UUCUGUUUUCUUUCAAUGAUCAAAAAUGUACAAUUGAUACGCAGUUGGAGUGAAAAUCGUUUUUGGAAAAAUUACCUUUAUUAAAUGCAUAUUAACGACUUCUUUAAAUUGAUUAAGUGAAAAGCUGCUUUAAACUUCAGUGGAGUGGCUGUCUUAUCAGCAAAACCAUAUUUGAACUGCUCUAAAAGGAGAGUGACAAGUGAAAUAAGGAAAUCUUGUGUGAUUAACAAAAAAGUGAUUGUCACUAGCGCUGGCGUUAGAGACAGUGGAAUAUACGUAAUAAAUGUGAAAAUAAAUAAUAAUAAUAUCCUAUACACAUAGCAAAGUUAUAUAGUAUAUUUUUAUUCAAUAAUAAAGAAAGUUUCAAAAUGAGAACGGAAAUGCCGAGCCAGAAACAGUGCAUUCACCUUGUACUGCUAAUGGCAUUCGUAUUAAGCACAUUGGUGACAGCUGAUUAUGUUGAAAUAAAAAGCACAGGAUCGUCAGUAAUUGGUGGCACUGUAAAUUUCAGUGCUGUGCUUUACGAUGAUGGUCAAGUCGCGAGUACAGGAGAUUACAUGUUCAACUGGGAGGAUAAUACACCAGCUGCUAAUAAUGUGAAAAUCAAUACAAAAUAUCCCUACAGCAAUUGGUCCGUAACAUAUCCGAUGAAUACAAGCAAGCCUGGUGAUUAUCGGGUCACAUUAAAAGUCGAUAAAAAUUAUAUAUUAUGGAUAAAUAUAGCAACGAAUCACAUUGAUUUCAAAUUGGAUGACUCCCUCGGCGGUGAUAUGCUGCUGCUGCAAAACGAUACCAAACCAAGAAAAAAUUUUAUUUCUACCGCAAAGCCGGUCAAUCACACAAUACAGUUGCGGCCAAACGAUGCCAAGUUAAUCGCGGACAAAGCCUACGAAGUACACACUUAUUGGUUCAGAAAUUGUACUUACAUUGGUGUUAUCAAUGGACUUAGUUACGUAGCGCAAUAUACUGAACCUGAUCAAUAUUAUAAAAUUGAAGCUUUGGUCGUGGCGAGUUUCGAGAAACCACCUGAACCUAUAACUACAACAACGACGACAACAACAACAACAACACCAAUACCUACAACCACACCGGCAACAACCACCACCACCCAUAAACCGAACAAUGAUACAACAACAAAAACUCCAACAGUAAAUCCUACUACUCUGACGCCAAGACAAAGGCGACGUCGCGGUGCAGCUGCACCGAUACCAUUAACGUCACUACCUGCGCAGCAAGCAUUGACUGUGAACACAACCGUAACUGAUCAGAUGCACGAUGCCGUUGCUUUAAAUACUACAACAAAAGCAGCAUCCAAAAAAGUCGAUUUACCCAUACUUAUGUCACCAUUGGUGAUGGAUGGCGAACCACCCUACAAUUGUGUCACUGGGCAAUUAAUUGGACAUGGUCCCAAAAAUCUAACCGGCCUAUUUAAACAUUACGUGGAAUCAAAAGCUCCCGUUUCGGACUUCAAGGCUAACGGUCAAAAUUGGUUACAACGCGGUGAUAUGAUGCGCCUACAAGUGAAUUGCAAAGGCUCACCUUCACUUGAGAUGUGUAUUCAGGUCUUCAACGCUCCAUAUAAUGCCACCGGCAACGAGACUUGCCGUUACUAUUUCCCACUCGAGAAAUGCGAAUACAAUUACACGCGCUUUUUCUACGAGAGCAAAACAGUUUUAUUUUUCAUACGCAAUGAAGUGUCUGAGAAGCUGAAUCAGGUCACAAUUAAUAUAUACGAAGCAAAAGUGCAAUCGCAAUUGUCUGUUGUGGUGGUGCCGGUGUCAUUCACUUUAAUCGCUGUAAUUCUAAUCGUUUUCGGUGUCUCAUAUUAUUUGCAAUCGCGAAAUCGUUUCACAGUGGAAGUGGCCGAUUUCAAUUUUGGCGAGACACAAUCUGUUGAUAUGGAGUAUAAAACAUUUCAGCAGCGUCUUAUCGACAGCAUACGUGAAGUGUGGCCUAGGCAACGGCGCUACUCCGAAUUCAAUUCGGACAUGGAGCCGGAAUUUGAUCACAGUGGUCGCAUUGGUGGCGCCUUUGAUAACAGUGAGCAGAGGCCCAACGUUGCUGACGAGGAAAAUGAAAAUAAUGCAACAACUAGCGCUGGAAGUGGCAAUACUACUAUAGAUAGCAAUCUCAGAUAUAAUGCAUUGACUUAAGUUUUGAAGAUCGUAGAAAUUAGGUUUUAGAAUUUAUACAAAUUUUGAAAAGCAUUUUUGUUUCUUAUUUUUACGUUUUGAAUAUGCACCGAAAGUCAGUUCAAAGUCGUUUGAAUCUUCAUUUCUAAUUUGUGAUUACGUAUUUAUAACGAGCUGUAAAUACACAAUGGUAUUUGUGUAUUUCAAAGUAUUUUUUUUUGUUUUUGAAUUGGAUUAGUUACAACAUGUAUUGCUUUUUAUUUAUGUUUUUUUUUUGUUUUGUGCUUAGGGUAUAUUUUUUGUAUUCACCCGUAUAUUUAAUUUUGUAUAUAUGAAUUCACGUACUGUUUAUUGAACGCAUGCAACUAACUAUAUGAAAAUUGUGCAUGCAUUUUGUUAUUAUAUUACGAAACUACAAGCACUAAGCAUAUAACGCUACACACUCAUCAAAAAGUAUACAUAUUAAAAAUUGUUAAGAAAAUUAGAAAGGAAAAAAAUUUCAAUUCCCAUAUUUGCCAAACCGUAUAAAGUCCAAUAAAUGUAAAAUUUGUAAUGAGAAAAUUUAAUACCAAAAUGUUCGUACAAAAAAUUUGGCAAUUAUUACUUUUUUAUGGAGAUUCCUCUUGGUGUAAGACUGUAACAUUCUUAGCAGGCAAGCGAUAUAGGUGUUAUAAAUAGGUAAUUAGAAGCAUAUGCAGAAAUGAAAUAUGACGAUGUCUACAACUAAAGCUGCAACUCGUUGAAAGCAUACAAAUACAUAUGUAUAUGAAGCUUACAACCUUUGUUCUUUAAAUGCUGUGCAAUGAUGGCUUAAGGAAAAGGUUACUCGCUGAAAAUAUGUCAGUAUACUUUACAAUAUUUCUACUUCGCUUAUUUUUACUGAAUUUAUUAAACACAUUCGCUAUUGUGGUAUAUUUGAUUGUGAUAAUUGAUGAAAAAAAAAUUUAUUGAAAUAUACUUUAUAAAAUAUUUUAUGCAGUGCUCGAUACACAAAUACAUCACGAAAUAAUACAAAUUUACAUUGUAUACUGAAACACAACUAUUAACUAUAGAAAAAAUUUCAAAAAUUCUAAAUAUUUUUGCAACUUUGGGCUAUCCACUUUUUUGCUACAACAAACGAUUAUGAUUUCAUGUUAUGUAUGAGGAAAAGGCAUAUUAUACAUAUAUCCAUUGCAAUAUGUUAAAAUAGUUUGAGUCGACUUAAUGCGCGCAUGGUAUUUUAACCUAAACUAUGACUUAACAGCGGAAGCUUUAUAUUGCGUUAAAACAUAGAUAAAACAUGUUUCCAGAUUCCCACUAGAAAACGAGUAACUAUUUAGUUUAAGUCGAAUUAAGCUACUUUAACAUGUCUGCAUAAUAAUAUAUAUAUAUAAAUACGAAUUGUUGAAUAUAAGCAAAACGAUAGUAUUAAAUUAUUUAAAAGUUGUAUAAUUAAAAGUUUCUGAAAUUACGUCUUAAUACAUAAGAAAGGAGAACCCGAGAACUCUCGAAAUCAUUUCUACUAUUCGUGCAAUUAUAGAAAUUAAAACUUACGUCUUUAAUACUUGAAAUUCAUAAGAUCAGCACGCAUAUAUAGUAUGUAUAUGCACACACAUACAUACGCAUACACAAAUCGUUACAAUUGUAAAUAAAAUAUCCAUUAUACAAGCAUUCAAUAAAUGCUUUUUAAAUAUUAAAAUAAAAAAAAAA